GGGGACGACAUUAUCGGCGUCGGGGGGGACGGAGGACACUGCGGGGGCGGAGGCGGCUGUGGUGGCCUUCCGCUGGUCGAACUUCGGGAGGAGCGACUCUGGCGCAGGGUCUGGAGGGAGAUCUCCUCGCGCUUGAUCGGCGACAGUUUGAGGGAGGCGGGAGGUAGGGGAGACAGGGCGAGAGUGCCGCGAGGCCGAUCGAGAUGCGAGGGUGCUUCGGGGUCCGAGCGGGUGUUGUGCUCGUCAGAUUGCCUUGUAACGAGGGUAAUCUUCCUCGAUCGAUCGGGGUGUCCGAUUUGGGCACGGCUGCUGCUCGCAACGGUAGAGGACAGUCUCAGGGCCGUCUGGGAUGUAGACGUCGAUGAGGUCCUGGGAGUCAAAUGCGUGGAUCUGGCCUUGGCAGGCAGCCACGAUGGAUGGGGGGAGGACGGGAAGGUGCGCGUACUACAAAAGGCCGUGGACAAGCACCGCCCACUGAAGUGCAGGGGUGCGCACCACCCGACCUAUGGGAAAGGAAAGUCAUGCCGACGCGGCCCCGGGGGCCGUAGAUAUGAUGUGUCCGUAUCAGGCAGGUAG